UGAUCUCCAUCGAGGUAUAACAAGACACACCUCACACUACAUUCGUCACUUGGCUCUGCAUCGUUACUUUGGGAUUAGCCACUGGGGAAAUUAAUUAAAGGAGUACUCUAUUAGGGCAAGAAGAAGAAGAGGGCAACGAUGGCGGCGGCGAUGAUCUCCGGAGGACGGGCGGCGGCGCUGGUGCUGGCCGCGGUCGUGCUGUGCUCGGUGGCGGCCAUGGCGGCGGCGCAGCAGGCGUCGAACGUGCGGGCGACGUACCACUACUACAACCCGCAGCAGAACAACUGGAACCUCAACGCCGUCAGCGCCUACUGCUCCACCUGGGACGCCGGCAAGCCGCUGGCGUGGCGGCAGAAGUACGGCUGGACGGCCUUCUGCGGGCCCGCGGGGCAGAAGGGGCAGGCCGCCUGCGGCAAGUGCAUCCGGGUGACGAACCGCGCGACGGGGGCGGCCAUCACGGCGAGGAUCGUGGACCAGUGCAGCAAUGGCGGCCUCGACCUGGACUACGAGACGGUGUUCAAGAAGAUCGACACCAACGGGCAGGGAUACCAGAUGGGACACCUCAACGUCAACUACCAGUUCGUCGCCUGCUGAUUGAUGAUCACUUUCAUCACCCACUCCAUCAUCAAGUACUACAGUACACAUGUAAUAACAAGCCAUGAUAUAUAUGAUGCAUGCAUGGCGUGAUCGAUGAAUAAAACCGAUGGGAUAGAUAGCUCUGCCUGCCGCAACUGCGCAAGCAAGCCCGGAUCAUCAUGGUAUAAACCGCAUUGGAAUGCAAUAAAGUGGACUACUUAUUAUAUAUUAAUUUCAA